AGAUGAGACGUGGACACAACUUCAGAUCUUUUGUUCACAGUUUUGAUGGAUAGUUAGCACGUGUUCGUUGUAGUGGGUGAUAUCAGGCGCGCGACAAAAAAACCGACAAGCGUAUAAUGACCCGUGCGGCUUUCCUUAACUGCGCAUGAAUGUUUUGCCAAUAGUACACGAGACGAGCUCGCGCCAGACGCGCGAAAAUGAAUUCCGCUGUUAGCGAGGACCAGCGCUGAUGUCUUCACGAUGACUGAUGUUUCUUCUGGGAUUUAUGAAUACAACGACAAAACGUCGCAAAGGACCAUUAAUGACGCUCGAAAUAACGUUUGCUACAGAACAGUAUGUUAAAAUCGGACGUAAGGCACGCGAGGUCUCGUGAAGUCUUCAGCGCGUACAAGACGGAGGCAGCGGUGAGUCCGACAGCGGGCGAUUAAAAUACGGGGUUCUUUCGUCGUUUGACCAGGGCAUCCUUCUCCUUAAAAUAAUCAUCACAGACUCGCAAAGCGAGUCUGUGAGCUGUGCAGUGUGGGACGCUGUCUGCCCUGUUGUCAUCAGACGUCAUGAGCUGGAGCUUCCUAACACGUCUGCUGGAGGAGAUCCAGCACCACUCCACGUCGGUGGGGAAACUCUGGCUCACCACGCUAGUUGUCUUCCGCAUUGUACUGACUGCGGUGGGCGGCGAGUCCAUCUACUACGACGAGCAGAGCAAGUUUGUCUGCAACUCGGGCCAGCCGGGGUGCGAGAACGUCUGCUACGAUGCCUUCGCGCCACUUUCGCACGUGCGAUUCUGGGUCUUCCAGAUCAUUCUGUCUGCCUUGCCCUCUCUGCUGUACAUGGGCUACGCAGCCAAUAAGAUCUCUCACAUCGAGGACUCGCGGGGUGCAGCUGGGGCACCAGUGGCAGAUGGUACAUCUGGUGGAUACACGCAGAGGAGACCGAGAAAGAUGUAUUUUGGGGCACGGCAGCACCGGGCGGGACAUGAGGAUGGGGAGGAGGAACGAGAGGAUGACCCCAUGAUCUAUGAAGUGCCUGAGAUUGACAGCUCACGGAGAGAGCUGGUUCCACCUAGACCCAAGCCGAAGGUACGUCAUGAUGGACGGCGGCGUAUCAGUGACGACGGUCUAAUGCGAGUGUACGUGCUUCAGCUGCUGACUCGUUCUGCACUGGAGGCAGGCUUUCUGGCAGGACAGUACCUGCUGUACGGCUUCCGCGUGGAACCUGUUUUCGUGUGCUCGGAUAAGCCCUGCCCACACCACGUGGACUGCUUCAUCUCCCGCCCCACCGAAAAAACCAUCUUUCUUCGAAUCAUGUACGGUGUCAGUUGCCUUUGCCUACUACUAAACCUGUGGGAAAUGAUUCAUCUCGGGGUGGGAACCAUCAACGACAUGUUGCGCAAACGAAACGCAUCAGCAGCAGAUGACGAGUACCAAAUGGGCCUGCUGGCAGCAGGGGGUGUGUCUGUUGGAGUGGGCGGGCCAGCGCUUAGCGAAGGAGAACCUGUAGGUGGAAUCGGGGGAGGUGUCGGAGAAGCAGACUACGUUGGUUAUCCCUUCUCCUGGAACACCCCAUCUGCACCACCAGGCUACAACAUCGUGGUAAAGCCUGAGACCAUGCCAUACACAGACCUGACCAAUGCCAAGAUGGCAUGCAAGCAGAACCGCGCCAACAUCGCACAGGAAGAACAACAGCAAUACGGUUCCAACGAGGACAACUUUCCAUCGGCGGGUGAGGCCAGGCCACCGCCGAUCAAUAAAGACGCCAUUCAGUUAGAGGCGGCGAUUCAAGCCUAUACCUUGCAACACCAUGCCAAUAAUAAUAACCACGAUGACCUGAACGACAACCACGACAUCGACGAGAAGCCUCAGAGCAACAUCACCACAGCACCGCAGAAGGAACGAAAACAUCGGCCCAAGCAAGGAAAACCAGGGAGCGCCGGAAGCAGCAACAGUAGCAAAUCAGGCGAAGUCAAGCCUUCUGUUUGGAUCUGAUGCGCAAAUGUAUACCCGAACACUGCGCUACAUGUAUUUAAAUUCCUUUUUGAUGUAAACACUCUCAUCCAGUCACACACUUUAUGGACACGAAAUAUUGCGUGUAUCCCACAGCCAACGCACACAAACGGAGAAUAUGCUGUAUAUCUUUUUGAAAUCCUUUAAGUGCCUUAAAGAAACUCUGAGAAUGAGACGGAUUUCUUCCUUAUUCUUGAUCUUCCAAACAUAAUCUUGUGCACUCAAGAUUAUGUCUAGCUUUGGGAACAUCCCAUCCACAAUCCAGAAAAGCUCGUUAAUUUCUGACAUUCGGAACUUAUUAGUGAAAAGAAAGUUGAGAAAGUCUUCCUAUCGGAUCCCUUUUGGAAGCGCGGGGACAUUACAAUCCGAUUCCAAGCCAGCUGUCUUCCUAUUAACAGUAUUGAACUGUAACUUUGUAUCACAAUGCCAAGCUAUAAUCAUGCAAGAUGUAGGUAGAUGAUGUAAAAAAUUGUUAAAUGCAUUUGACAUUUUGAUGCAUUUGUUGCACUCUGAGGUUUAUAGACAGUUCCAUCUUAAAAACAAAAGCAUACGGUAAUGCUUAUGUGCACUUUUGUGACCCCACCUUAACUUCUGGUACACAUUUACAAACAAUAGAGUGCCGGUAGAUUAUUUCUGAUAACAAUCAAAAGAAACUGAGAAGAACCUUUACUUGGCUACACUUGUCUCUUGUUCUGUGAACACAAAAGAAGAUAUUUUGAAGAAUGUCGGACAGCAAACAGCUCUAGGGCACUUUUGACUACCAAUGUCAUUUUUCCUACUAUGGCAGUCAGAGGCAUUCUUCCAAAUAUCUUUCUCUGUUAUCAUCAGAACAAAGAAAUAUUUCAAGAUUUGGUACAACUAGACAGUGAGUAAUUCAUGACAGAAUUUUCAUUUUUAGGUGAACUAUCCCUUUAAUCUGCUCAGUUGACAGAUCUUAUGCUAUUGUAAUACUAUCCCCUGCUGGCUAAAUAAAUAAUUGCAGCCUACGCGGCUGCAAUCUUAUCAGCCCUUAAGUACAUAUAAAACAAUGUAGAUGCAUAUAAAAAUAUUCAAAUUGACUAAUACAUUCUCUUUGUAAUGUUGCAAAUGUUUUAGAAUUUUUAUGACAACAUUCUUUCACAUAAACACACUUUAAUCUAGCCAAUCCAUGUAGCAGGUCUAAUUUGGAUGCUGAGCUGGAAUCUGAGGUCGGUGCAGCAGGACUGACAAAAUCCAGACCCCAUGUCAUGCAAUGUAGAUAUUUACCUAUAGAUACAUAAAUAUAUACACAACGAGUCUUCCGGUUUCUCUCUUACUGCCACAUUCCGACUCGUGAGACUUUUGCCUUUAUGUGGGAUGUUUCAAAAGUGAAGAUUGCCAUGGGAGACCAAAUACUGUUUUUCAUAAUAAAGACUUCAUGCAUCUAUGCAGUCAUACCGACUGGGGAAAACACGCCAUAAAACACAACUGCGUGUGCCUACGUGUGCGUUCGCUUGAGGAUGAGUUGGAGGAGAGAUUGCAUGAAUGCAUGCGAGUAAUGUUCGAUUAGUGAAUUGGAAAGAAAAAAGAUGAACCCUUUACAUAUCACUAAUUCAGCAAUACUUAUGUAUGCUGAAGAUUGUGGCAUUAUUCACAGUUACAAGUCAGACUUGACUUGUUUGUAUUUCUAAAUGUUGUUUGGUUUUUUUAAAACAUGGAAUUCUCUUUAAUAAUGGCCAUAUAGUUAAACAAAUUAGGUUUUGUAGGAUUUUAUAUGGUUUCAUUGCCUUUCAUUGUAAAAUAAUUAUAAGUAAAUACAAUUUGAUGUACAGUAUGUAGUUAUGGUUACCCUUACAAAUACUCUUUUCAAUGUUUUUAGUGAAUUGUGCUCCUACAGUAUGUUCCUAAAGUCAAUAUGGAUUGUUCCCCUUGUCUAUGUAUUUUUAUUACAGUUGGUUUCUCGAGAUGAGACCCUUAGGAUUUUGCAUGCGAGGGAAAUUAAGAAUGUUAAGGAAAACGGGAAUUUCCCUGAAACUCCUUCCAAUGAAAAACUAUAGCAAAAAAUAGCAACAAAAAUGAGGGUUUAACUUUGUGGGUGUUACAGUUUUCAGCAGCUGUAUUUCAAGAGCUCCAGAUGGAGUGGGCGUACGAUACCCCUCUGCCUCACAUCUGAGCACCACUUUGUGUGAGUGUGUUUGUUUACAUAUGUGUUGAUGUGUGUUCGAGUUUGUGUGGAUUCUGGGUUAAGCAAGGCAAUUUUUUUCGAUCAAGAGCCUUCAAACCCUUUCGGCUACUUGUGUCAGCAGUCUGAGAAAGAUACUGAAGUAUGUGAAGCUACUUCACUUCUGACUGUGCUUUUUUUGACACUUUGCUUUCAAAGCAAAUCUUUGCAGCAGGGUCACAAUAAGGUCUGAUGCCAAUUUCGGUUCAGACAUGCUUGUGAGCAUGGAACUGUGUGUUUCUAUUUAUUGUACGUCCCUGGUUAUGGCCGGGAUAUUUCAUACCCUUAUCUAUCUGUAAGACGUUCGUCCUGACUGCUGUGUGUUUCUAUGUGUUGUCGCUGUGUUUGAAAAUGAGACUCAAAAAAAGCUUUCAAUGUGCCAUGCUGGAUUGUCCAGAGAUGUACAAUUAUUUACAAUUUUGGAAACCCUUCUUUGGAUUUGAAAAUGCAUGUGAGCUAUUUUGUUAAUAAAAAAAUAAAACGGUGUA